AUGCACACCAAGACCUCACGCCAGGUACUUUCGCCCCUCGCCGACGCCGUCACCGGGCUGAUCGGAGUGGUCUCGGAGUGUGAAAUCAACGACACGGGGCUGCCUGAUCUCUCUCAGGUAGCGCUGGUCGUGGACGAGCAGAUCAAGAACCUCGUGGGUAUCGGACGGAAGAUCCAGGAGGGACCCUCGGCCGAUGAGACCUUCAAGAAGGAGAUGCCGCUGGCGUCGGAAGCAGUGAGCAAGUGCUCCAAGCUCCUGCUCGCCUCCACAACUGAGCUGCAAAAGGACCCCAAGUCAGUCUCUGGGCGGAACUGUCUCCUUGAGGCUGUGAAGGGAAUCCUCGUGGGAACGACCCAGGUCCUUAACGUCCACGAUGACCUUGAGGUCCGCAAGAUCGUCAAGAGCUCGCAGCAGUGCCAGAGCUAUCUGAACUCGAUCAUCGAGCUCGCUGCCAAGGUGCCCGACCCGGCCGUCAGCCAGGAACUCCUCCGCACCAUCGCCCGGACCUCGCAGACCUUCGUCUCGCUCGCGCAGAUGACCACCCGGCGUCUUGACGAGCUUGUCCUGGAGCUACUUCAGGCCCGGCUCAAGGUCGACAUCGGCGUGCUUACGCGUGAGAGCCCGCUGCUCAUCAGCUCCUGCAAGCUGGCUCUCAGCAAGUCCAGCGACGAGACGAAGCGCUACUCGCUCGAGCACUCCAGCCGGCGUCUGAUCGAGGCUUGCCAUGACAUUGAAAUCGUGGUUCAGUGGAGAGAGGAAGAGCAGGCCAUGCCGCAGGAUCACCGUGUCUUGCUUGACAGCCAGAUCCAAAAAGCUCAGCAGCUGAACUCCAAGCUGAUCGAUGCGACCAACACAGAGGCAACCAAAGUCAUGCUCUUCACGCAGCAGGAGCGAAGCAAUAUCGUCGACCAGAUCCUCGAGCGCUCGAAAGAUGUAAUUUCCCAGUUUGAGCCCUCGACGGUCAAGCAGCAAAUCGAGUGCAUCAUGUCCAAUCUCGAAACGUGCCAGUCACGGGUUCAAAGGAACGUGAACAAUCUGCUGGGCGACCCUUCAAACGAGCUGCUCAAGCAAGACCAGUGUCAACUACUCCAGUACGAAACCAAGGCUUUGGAGUCGCUACCAAGCUAUCUGAACCAGGGGCUCAUCGCUAAUCUCUCCUCGUCCUUCAACCAACUCGGGGACCUCGAGAACCCAACCGCCAUCAUCAGUAUCCUUAAUGCUGGCGUGGUCAACAGUGAUAAGCCUGGCGAUCGAGCACGACCCGACUUGGCGACGGUGACCCAAGCGUUUGACGCCGAAGCCGACAAAAUGAUCCACCUGGUCUCAAAGGCACUCAAUCAAAGCGGCAAGGCCGACUACCAGCGCGUCCAGCAGAUUGGUCUCUAUCGCGAUCGGCUCUCAAGCCUGCAGAGCGCACUAACCGAGGCCGCCCAGAUCGUUGCCGACAGCCCGAGCGACCAGGCAGCCAAAACCCACUUUGGCAUCGUGUGCAAAGCGUGGCAGGAGGGUGUCAAGGAGCUUCAGAACCUGACCGUUGUCGAGGAAGGGCUAUUCCAGACCUCGGACCUCUUGGCCGGGCUGAACCUCAAACGGGAGACCCACGCUGGCCACAUCCGAGAGGCAAGGCGACUCAGUUCUGAUUCUGGCUUGAAGAGCAACACCCUUGGGCUCCUUGCCUGUGCCAAUCAGUGUCUCUCGAUCGCCAAGCGCGAGUCGGACAACACCGAGGACCCACAGUACCGCGAGCAACUUGCUGCCAACAUGAACAAAAUCCGGAGAGACUCGAGUAUGCUCGACCAAUCCAUGAUGCAGCCCAACGGCAGCCUCAACUACCAGCCGCUGUUCCAAUGGAUCGACAACUCGAUCGAUGAGAUGCAAAAAGUCGAGAAGCUCAUCAAGUCCAACCACUGCAUCCCGGCUUCCGCCGCUCAGUCCUCCCAGAACGAAGAGAUCUGGAAGAUCGCGCCUCCAGCGCCUCCCUGUGCCGAGAACACAGCCAAGAGAGUCAAGAAGAUCGUUGAUGUAGGCAGGCAGCUCAACAACGCAGCGCAAAGCGCAGAUGCCGCUGCCAUGACGCAGCUGAGCAAGGAGUAUGGCGACCUGAUCGACUCGCUCAAGGAGUACACCCAGGACUUGAUGGAGACGAUAUUCCCGGCCGGCGAGGCCAGGGAGCAGGCCGAGACAAACAAGUACCUCGACAACAUCUGUGUGGCCAACGAGCGCAUCCAGGAGGCCUGUCGAGAGCUCGCAGCAUCGCCAUCCACAACAAAGGCACAGUCCGAAGUGGGUCAGUUGAUCCCCUACGUCGACCAGUCACUCAACCAACUCUCGGCACACGUCAACCAGAGCCUUGUGGUGGGACUUUCGGACUCGCUGAAGAGCACUCGCCUCGACUCUGGCGACACCAACCUCGGUGCGCUCUAUAGCAUCGCCAGCAGCGGCGCCGAGAUUGUCCCCAGGACACUCGAAGCCAAGAAGAAGGACUUUUUGGCGGAAAGCGAGCAGCUGGGCGACAAGGUGUUGAUGGCCAUGGACGCCAUAUCGAGUGCCUCGCCCAAGGUGGCCCAAGAGGUUGCUCGCCUCCACGCAAGAUCCAUCGGCCUCGCCUCGGUGAUCGGCAAGAGUGCCCAGAAUGUGGCCAAGCACUGCGAACUCGACAAGUCCAAGAAGGAUCUGAAGCAAGCGUGCGAGGAGUACCACAAAACCUGCGACGACAUUGGAGAGCUCCUCUAUGGAAAUGAUGGCGCCUUUGGCGAAGCACCCCUGCUGGAGGGAGCGAAGACACUCUUUGGGCAGAAGCUCGAUCGUGUUGUGGCAGCACUGUCCUCCGGUGCAUCGCCGGAAAGUGUCGAAGCAGCCCUUCCCGAGUCCGCGCUCGUGGCAAAGUAUUACAUCGACCACAUGGACAAGCACGCCAGCCGAGUCCCGGAUGAAGAGCAAAGAGCCAGACUCAAGUCGCAGGUUGCGGCAAUCAAGCGAGGAUACGAGGAGUUUGUCCAGGAGGCACGAGAACAGGCCAAGCUCAGUCCCUCGCAACGCUCGAGUCUGACAAAGAGCAGGGAGGCACUGGCUUCGGAGGUCGAGUCGCUCAGCGAGGCGCUCUAUGCUAACCACCCCGGGUCAGCCUGGAAGCGACCUGCUCUAUCUCGGGCCUGCGAACCUCCACCGCUGCCGGUGAUCGAGGAGGUACACACUGCAGAGACACAACCCGAGCCAAUACCUGUAUCUGAGUCAAUCUCGGCACCGGAGCCAUCGGCGUCAGAGACAGAGGCACAGACAGCGGCAACGGCCGAGGUCGUCCAACCCAGCAAGACCCUCGAGAAUGUCGAAAGCUUUAUUCAAGAGGUCGGCACGCUCUUGGCUUUGGAUACACCGCUGGCUGCAGAGCAGCUGAGAGCAAAGACGGCCGAGCUGCCCAGGCUCUUGGAGGAGUAUGCGGCGUUUGUGCAGUUCGAGAAGCGCAAUGCCCUCGAUCCAAUCUACGAGCGGCAGCUGGAUCUAAAGUUGGGCGAGCUUGAGAAGCUGGUCCCGAUGGUCACAGGCUCGGCCCUGGGCACGCUGGACCUUGGUACUCUGAAGCAAUGCAUCGGCAAGAUCACAAACCAGCUCAAGGACAUUGGUGCUAUCAUCAAGAACAACAACCCCGGUCUCGCCACCACGGCGUCAGGGCAGCCUAGUGGCAGCCAGGACAGCGGCCCGACGUUGGAGGAGAUUCAGAAAGAAUAUGGCGACGAGGUCGUGAUUGUGGACUCUGAAGCACCGCAACUGCUGGACGAGGACGAGGCCAAGGCCAGCCCGAUCAAGGCUGCAGCCCAGGAACUCAAAGUACUUUCGUCCACCUGGACCUCGGAGGAGAAUCCGGUCAUCGAUUACUCCAACCAGCUGUCGAACCUGAUGCACAACUUGUCCCAGCACCACCAUGAGCUCACGAGGCGGGGAGGCGCUCAGGCCAAGAAGGAGUUUAUCGAAACGGGACGGGCCAUCCUGGCCGCUGCCAACGAACUCUGCCGCCAUGCCGUUGGUUUGGCGGGCCACUGCACCGACCGACGUCUGCGCAACCAGCUGCAGAGCACGACCGAUCGCAUCCAGAGCCUGUCGAGCCAGCUCAAGAUCGUCACGGCCGUCAAGGCCAGUGCCCCUGGCGAUGCCGAUCGCGACGACCAGCUUAUCGGAUGCGCAACCAACCUGAUGGCCAGCGUCCUGGCCUGUCUGCGCGAAUGCGAGAGCGCCAGUCUGCGGAGCCAGGGUGCCGGCAUGAAGUUCCGCAAGAUCUACUACAGACGCAAGCAAUUUGGCAGCAGCGACUGAGCUGCUGCAGAUGGCAUUGGGGAGGGGAAUAAACUGUUCGAGGGCGCUGGGAAUACAGAGACGAUUUCACCUGUCGGGCCGGCCGGUUGGUUGGGCACGCAUGCUGAAGCU